GCCCGAGUCCCCCGCGCGCCCCCGCUGGCUCAUUCCAAGAUGGCGGACCUGCUGGGCUCGAUACUCAGCUCCAUGGAGCGGCCGCCGCAGGUCGGAGACCAGGAGUCCCGGCGCAAGGCCCGCGGUGAGUGCGGUGAGGGGGCGGGGCUGCGGGAGGGGGCGGGGACAGCGAGGGCGCGGUAAUCACCGCCGGUAGAUUCACUGCCCCUCCGAGAAACACGGCAAACGGCGCCGGGCAGCCAGCCAAUCAGCGGCCGCGAUUCCUCAGCGCUCUCCUCUGAUUGGCCCAUUCUUCCACACGUUCCAUUUCCUGGAUACGGUCUCCACCUAUAGCGCUGAGUAUUAUUAUUCUCUGAUUGGCUGAUGACAAUGUUUAAUGAUCUGACGUAUUGACGUUGGAGCAUGUGAUUGGCUGUCUCCCUUACUGUACUUCAAGCCUGUUCGAGGAACCAUAAUCUAUGUCUGUGCUGUGAUUGGUUGUUUAUCAUGUCAGUUAACGAUAUUAAAGAGACCUGUUACUGUGCACCUCAGAGCUCUCCUAGUCUGAUAGUGAUGGGGGAGGGGCAAAAUGGCUGCCUUACUGAUACCUAGGGAUACUGACUGAUAUUACUGAUACCUAGGGAUACUGACUGAUAUUACUGAUACCUAGGGAUACUGACUGAUAUUACUGAUACCUAGGGAUACUGACUGAUAUUACUGAUGCCUAGGGAUACUGACUGAUAAUACCUAGGGAUACUGACAGAUAUUACUGAUAAUACCUAGGGAUACUGACUGAUAUUACUGAUAAUACCUAGGGAUACUGACUGAUAUUACUGAUACCUAGGGAUACUGACUGAUAUUACUGAUGAUACCUAGGGAUACUGACUGAUAUUACUGAUAAUACCUAGGGAUACUGACUGAUAUUACUGAUGAUACCUAGGGAUACUGACUGAUAUUACUGAUAAUACCUAGGGAUACUGACUGAUAUUACUGAUAAUACCUAGGGAUACUGACUGAUAUUACUGAGAAUACCUAGGGAUUCUGACUGAUAUUACUGAGAAUACCUAGGGAUACUGACUGAUAUUACUGAGAAUACCUAGGGAUACUGACUGAUAUUACUGAGAAUACCUAGGGAUACUGACUGAUAUUACUGAGAAUACCUAGGGAUACUGACUGAUAUUACUGAGAAUACCUAGGGAUACUGACUGAUAUUACUGAGAAUACCUAGGGAUACUGACUGAUAUUACUGAUGAUACCUGGGGAUACUGACUGAUAUUACUGAUGAUACUGACUGAUAUUACUGAUACCUAGGGAUACUGACUGAUAUUACUGAUACCUAGGGAUACUGACUGAUAUUACUGAUAAUACCUAGGGAUACUGACUGAUAUUACUGAUGAUACCUGGGGGAUACUGACUGAUAUUACUGAUGAUACCUGGGGGAUACUGACUGAUAUUACUGAUGAUACCUGGGGGAUACUGACUGAUAUUACUGAUAAUACCUAGGGAUACUGACUGAUAUUACUGAUAAUACCUAGGGAUACUGACUGAUAAUACCUAGGGAUACUGACUGAUGAUACCUAGGGAUACUGACUGAUGAUACCUAGGGAUACUGACUGAUGAUACCUAGGGAUACUGACUGUUAUUACUGAUGAUACCUAGGGAUACUGACUGUUAUUACUGAUGAUACCUGGGGAUACUGACUGAUAUUACUGAUGAUACCUGGGGAUACUGACUGAUAUUACUGAUGAUACCUAGGGAUACUGACUGAUAUUACUGAUGAUACCUGGGGGAUACUGACUGAUAUUACUGAUGAUACCUGGGGAUACUGACUGAUAUUACUGAUGAUACCUGGGGAUACUGACUGAUAUUACUGAUGAUACCUGGGGAUACUGACUGAUAUUACUGAUGAUACCUGGGGAUACUGACUGAUAUUACUGAUGAUACCUGGGGAUACUGACUGAUAUUACUGAUAAUACCUAGGGAUACUGACUGAUAUUACUGAUAAUACCUAGGGAUACUGACUGAUAUUACUGAUAAUACCUAGGGAUACUGACUGAUAAUACUGAUACCUAGGGAUACUGACUGACCUAGGAUGCGGCAAAUGUACUGAUGCCUGGGAUACUGACUGAUAUUGCUGAUGAUACCUGGGGAUACUGACUGAUAUUACUGAUGAUACCUGGGGAUGCUGACUGAUAUUACUGAUGAUACCUGGGGAUGCUGACUGAUGUGUAGUGAUUACCUGGGGAUACUGGCUAGUGUACUGACGUGAUGCCUGGGGAAUUAUGAUGUUACUGAUGGGUUGACUGUGUACUGAUGGGGAUGCUGACUGAUAUUGCUGAUGAUACCUGGGGAUGCUGAUGAUGUACUGAUGAUACCUAGGGAUGCCUGUACAGGUAAUACUGAUAAUACCCUGGAUACUGACUUGAUGGUAUUGUGUAGGGAUACUGACUGAUAUUACUGAUACCUAGGGAUACUGACUGAUAUUACUGAUACCUAGGGAUACUGACUGAUAAUACCUAGGGAUACUGACUAUUACUGAGAAUACCUAGGGAUACUGACUGAUAUUACUGAGAAUACCUAGGGAUACUGACUGAUACUGAUACCUAGGGAUACUGACUGAUACUGAUACCUAGGGAUACUGACUGAUAUUACUGAUACCUAGGGAUGCUGACUGAUAAUACCUAGGGAUACUGACUGAUAUUACUGAUACCUAGGGAUACUGACUGAUAUUACUGAUACCUAGGGAUACUGACUGAUAUUACUGAUACCUAGGGAUACUGACUGAUAUUACUGAUAAUACCUAGGGAUACUGACUGAUAUUACUGAUGAUACCUGGGGGAUACUGACUGAUAUUACUGAUGAUACCUGGGGGAUACUGACUGAUAUUACUGAUGAUACCUGGGGGAUACUGACUGAUAUUACUGAUAAUACCUAGGGAUACUGACUGAUAUUACUGAUAAUACCUAGGGAUACUGACUGAUAAUACCUAGGGAUACUGACUGAUGAUACCUAGGGAUACUGACUGAUGAUACCUAGGGAUACUGACUGAUGAUACCUAGGGAUACUGACUGUUAUUACUGAUGAUACCUAGGGAUACUGACUGUUAUUACUGAUGAUACCUGGGGAUACUGACUGAUAUUACUGAUGAUACCUGGGGAUACUGACUGAUAUUACUGAUGAUACCUAGGGAUACUGACUGAUAUUACUGAUGAUACCUGGGGGAUACUGACUGAUAUUACUGAUGAUACCUGGGGAUACUGACUGAUAUUACUGAUGAUACCUGGGGAUACUGACUGAUAUUACUGAUGAUACCUGGGGAUACUGACUGAUAUUACUGAUGAUACCUAGGGAUACUGACUGAUAUUACUGAUAAUACCUAGGGAUACUGACUGAUAUUACUGAUAAUACCUAGGGAUACUGACUGAUAUUACUGAUAAUACCUAGGGAUACUGACUGAUAAUACCUAGGGAUACUGACUGAUGAUACCUAGGGAUACUGACUGAUGAUACCUAGGGAUACUGACUGAUGAUACCUAGGGAUACUGACUGUUAUUACUGAUGAUACCUAGGGAUACUGACUGUUAUUACUGAUGAUACCUGGGGAUACUGACUGAUAUUACUGAUGAUACCUGGGGAUACUGACUGAUAUUACUGAUGAUACCUAGGGAUACUGACUGAUAUUACUGAUGAUACCUGGGGGAUACUGACUGAUAUUACUGAUGAUACCUGGGGAUACUGACUGAUAUUACUGAUGAUACCUGGGGAUACUGACUGAUAUUACUGAUGAUACCUGGGGAUACUGACUGAUAUUACUGAUGAUACCUGGGGAUACUGACUGAUAUUACUGAUGAUACCUGGGGAUACUGACUGAUAUUACUGAUAAUACCUAGGGAUACUGACUGAUAUUACUGAUAAUACCUAGGGAUACUGACUGAUAUUACUGAUAAUACCUAGGGAUACUGACUGAUAAUACUGAUACCUAGGGAUACUGACUGAUAAUACCUAGGGAUACUGACUGAUAUUACUGAUGAUACCUGGGGAUACUGACUGAUAUUACUGAUGAUACCUGGGGAUACUGACUGAUAUUACUGAUGAUACCUGGGGGAUACUGACUGAUAUUACUGAUGAUACCUGGGGGAUACUGACUGAUAUUACUGAUGAUACCUGGGGGAUACUGACUGAUAUUACUGAUGAUACCUGGGGGAUACUGACUGAUAUUACUGAUGAUACCUGGGGGAUACUGACUGAUAUUACUGAUGAUACCUGGGGGAUACUGACUGAUAUUACUGAUGAUACCUGGGGGAUACUGACUGAUAUUACUGAUGAUACCUGGGGGAUACUGAAUGAUAUUACUGAUGAUACCUGGGGGAUACUGAAUGAUAUUACUGAUGAUACCUGGGGGAUACUGACUGAUAUUACUGAACAACCUAUCCAGAAAUCGACCAGAUCAGAUCAGGGGUUCAGAAUUCUUAUGGAAGUCAUAGUUUUGCGCAGGUAUGGUCACAUGCCCAAAACAGUUCCAUAGAAUUGCGGCUAAGUGCCGCUGGAGGACCGACUGGGAACCACAAGGUUCUCAUGCCGAAAAUAGUUCCAGGGCAUUCGCGGCUAAGUGCCCCUGAAGUCUAUUUGCGGUUUUGGUCCAUGCGAACAAGAUGGCCACGAUGUGUUCGAAUGGUUCGACUGUUCGGGAUUUUGAAGUGCCACUUCGAAAGUUCGAACUGUGGUCAUAAGAAUCCAAAAAGGCACGAACAGUGAUUUAAACCAAGUUUUAUCACAGGGGCCAUAGUCACAGGGUAAAAGGCUGGCAAGUAGUCCCCUCCAAACCCCAGUGGUGAAGUGGCUUUCACCACACUCCAUUCUUUCCAAAAAAUAAUUGAAUGUCAGGAAAGCGUAUCAAUUUAAACUGUGAACAACUUUCCUACCCCGCAACCUGAUUCCUCUCCUGCAACGGUCAUAUUAAAUCAUAUUUAAAAAAAAUAUAAUCCCUAGCAACCUAGUUUUCUCUUUCUUGUGUCACUAUACCUCAUUGUGCAGAGCCCUCAAUCACUCUGUUCUUGUGCAUCCAGCUCGUGUACUUGUGUAUAGCACUGCGGAAUUUGUUGGGGCUAAUAAUAUCACUCUAGUCCACCUUUAGCAAAUAUAUAUUCUGAGAUAUGUACCCACAAACAAAUGUCACUCAAACGAACUUGAGCAACAAACCCACUAUUCCAAAUAAACACACAAAAUCCACUUAGAUCUCACCUACAGCAAGAUUCCAUUAAACACAAAUACCUUUCCAUGAUGACACAAAGGGAGGGAGAGAAAACCACCUCAAAAUUUCCAAAGAGGUAGCAAGAGAGUGUUUUGGACCAGAUCAAGUGUCUGCCUGAAUAUCUGCCCCUGUCCAGAUUCUUAAAAUGAGAUGUGUGCACGUGGAAGAAAUCACACUGACCACAAGUUCAGAUAAAUGAAGACUUCUAAGUGUUUAUUGGGGGCGGACACAGCCCCUUAAAGGCAAAAGAAUGCACAGUGUGCAAAUAUUAAGCAUAAACUUUUAAUUGGCUAAGUGUAAGUGUUUUAUCUUGAUGUACUUCCUCCAAAGUGUGAUGUCGUCAUCAUCUUAGGUUUAGCUCCGGAUGGAGAUGCCAUCUUGUUACGCGAGGGUGUUGGUCGAUGGGAGGGGGUGCUCUAGUAGCCAUUUUAAGUAAUGAAUGAGCACAGGUACACAUAGUAAAUAGACCUUUUACAUAUGUUAAUUUCUAUCAAUCACAAGAGAACCUUGCUGAAGUACUUUCUCUGUCUCACUCUUCAUGGUCUGAUAGGAGUAGGCAACCUUUGGCACUCCAGAUGUUGUGGACUACAUCUCCCAUAAUGCUCUUAAAGCCACAAUACUGACAUAGCAUCAUGGGAGGUGUAGUCCAAAACCUCUAGAAUGUCGAAGGAUCCCUGGUCUAUGGCAUCGUCUGAGGAAGAUGAUUAGAAGAGCAGUUACGUUCCGCAAAAUAAGCAUCACAAAUCUACUCUUAUUUCGGAAUCUCUACACAUCAUGGACAUCAUGUUCUGGUAACUUCCCAACUAAGGCUUUCUUCUGAAUGCGAUACCAUUUUACUGUAGUAGUGUAUAUAGUGCUCUGUCCGGACUUCCUCUAUUUUCCAGCCAGUUGACAGUGCCGGGACUCCGUCAUCCGUUUCACUUAAGGCCAAACAUCUAGUGACUUGUGUGGGUUCCUGGGUCCACUGGCCACUUCUUUACUCAUUCUCAUCUACCGGUGUUAAUACCCUUUAUUAAUAAAAUAUCACUACUGUAACAAAUAUUUAUACAAAGACAUACUCCAACAUACAAAUAAAUGGCUCACAAACUAACUAGCUACAAGCCCCUCACCUGCAACUAACAUAAAACAUACAGUACAUACAAAUAAAAUGUGUAUAUAAUAAACAAAUUAUUUACAAAUAUGCACACAGACCUUGCCCUGAUGUCACACCGUAAGAGAGAUAGGAAAUGAGAAGGUAUAUUUAACUUCUGCCCUGUGACCACUAGAGGUGUCAACUCUGACCACGUAAUUUUUUUAAAACCUUUUUUUUUUUUUUUUGUCAAAUGUUUAAAAAAACUUCAUUGCAAGCAGAGCUAGCGUGUAUGGGAAAAUCGCGGGAUAGCAAUGCAAAGAAAUAUAAAUAAGAGCAAGCCUGUGGAAAUGGCAGAAAUUAUACCAGUAGGUGCUGCACAAGGAAAUGCAGGAUAACUGGUCAGUGGGUUAACAUACGAAAAGCGAAGUAGUCUGAAGUAAGAGGACACGUCGUUGGAUGUCACCACAGUUUGUUUGUUUGGAAACAUACUGCAGUAGAGAGGUGACAAAUUCUGCAGAAAUACCAAAACUAUGCUGGUGCCAGUAAUAUUUAAAAAAAUAAAAUACAAAUGUGGGGCAGUAGACUUAUUUAACAAAAAGGUCAUUUGCUUGGAUGAGCCAUUCAGGCCACAAUUUACCAGCUAUUCCCUGGUGCCCAAUGCCACAUACUUGCCAAAGGCCAUCCUGUCCAUAUGACCAUGUAAUGCCUAUGUUUGAUUUAUUUUAAUGGAGUUGGACUUACGAUGGAUGUGGCCAUCCCUUACUGUUCUAACAUUGUUUUCAAAGUUCGUUCAUUAAUUGUGUGUUUUUUUCAUGAUGUCUUUACAGAGCAAGCUGCUCGGCUCAAGAAGAUGCAAGAACAUGAGAAGAGACAGAAAGUGGAGUUUCGAAAACGCGUAAGUGGCUUAUACGAGACUAGAAAGUGUGGCAUGAACAUUCAAACCCAGUGGAUUUUUAUCAAAUCUUAAUAUUUCCCCAAUAUUCUGUAUGUUUAAUUUCAAUGUAUUCACAUAUCCUGUCCCUCGGAGCAACCACGAUCUUCUUCCGCGAGGUCCACUUAGCUUCACCUGGUUUAAGAUUAGUCUUUCAACAGAGUAAACACUGCACCAAUGAGUUUGCAUGCCCUACAGAGAAGUGUUCCGAGCUACUGUGUAUUGGGCGUGUUUUAUUUAUAAUUCAAUCUACUUUUGGCAGACUCCUCCUCUCUUUUUUUUUUUUUUUUUUUUUUUUUGAGGGAUUCUAGACUGACCUCUGGAAGCUCUUUGGUUUAUGUAAACUACUUCCUGGAGUUGUUCGUAACAUAAAAAAUUUCUCUGCAAUGGGAAUAGGGCAGGCACUGUAUGAACGAUGCUGGUGAUUUCAAUAAACCAGGUUUUGUUUUUUUACGGUUCCAAUAGAAACCGAUUUACUUCUGAACUUGUUUAAUGUCCAGAUGUUUUUUUUUCUCUUCACUCCAUAUCUGGUGUUUUUCUCACCCUUCAGAUGGAGAAAGAGAUCUCUGAUUUUAUCCAGGACAGCACCCAGACGAAGCGAAAGUUUAAUCCUAUGAGCAAGAUUGAGCGCAGCAUUCUGUGAGUAUCGCUCCAUCCUUCCUUAUCUUUUGGUGGAUUACGUUCUCUAAUCGUCUCUUCCUCCACUUACAGUCAUGACGUGGUGGAGGUUGCUGGCCUAACAUCCUUCUCAUUCGGAGAUGAUGAAGAAAGUCGCUAUGUUAUGAUUUUUAAAAAGGUGAGAGAGGAUUCCUCCUUUCCUGUAGCCACAUUAAUUCUAGUUUGUCUUAGGGUCACAGCACUCUGUUUCUCUCUAUCCAGGAAUUUGCACCGUCCGAUGACGAGCUAGAGGCAUAUCGCAAGGGUGAGGAGUGGAACCCUAUCAAAGCAGAGGAGAAGAAAAGAUUGAAGGUAAGGUAUUUGGCAGGCUACAGUGUGUUAGAACAUAGUCCUGGGCAAUCUUAGAGUUAAUCUAAGCACCAUAACAACACUGGGGGAGAGUCCCAUAGGCGUGCGCACGGGGUGUGCCUGUUGUGCCUGGGCACACCCUAAUCCCCGCGGCACGCCUAUGUAUAUUGAGAACGGCAGGGGAGAUCUCAGGAUCUCCCCUGUCGGCUCAUGCAGAGCCGGCGCUAUCCGAGCACCGGCUCUGCUCUCAGCCUCCCUCCCCACUGACCCACAUGCAGGGAGGGAGGUAGGAGAGAACCCGGCGGAGCUAUUGCCAGCAGCUCCGCCGGGUUCCUCUCGCGAGAUAUAAGCGUUGCCGCGGCAACGCUCAAAUCUCGCGAGAGUGAACUCUAGCCCCACUAGAGUUCACUCUCCACUGGACCACCAGGGAUCACAGCAGCAAGGAUCCCCUCCUCCACUGGACCACCAGGGAAGGAAGCAGCAGCACGAUCCCCCCCCUCCCUACAAAAGGUAAGAAGGGAGGGGGGAUAGCAAAUAAUGUACCCCCAUCUCCACCCACAUACAACGCACAGAGCACACGCACACAGAGCCAUUCAGCACCCACAGCACCCUCACAAACACACACAGCACCCUCACAAACACACACAGCACCCUCACAGGACCCUCACAAACACACACAGCACACUAACAGGACCCUCACACAAACACACACACACACACCGCACACUAACAGUACCCUCACACAAACACACACACACCGCACACUAACAGUACCCUCACACAAACACACACACACCGCACACUAACAGUACCCUCACAAACACAAACAGGACCCUAACAAACAGUACAUUAACAGCAUCCUCACACACAGUACAUUAUCAGCAUCCUCACAAGCACGCACACACAAACACCCUCACCAACAUAGCACACUACCAGCAUCGUCACACACAUCACACUAACAGCACCCUCACACAACACACACACACACAGCAGUGUGUGUGUGUAUAUGUGUGUGUAUGUGUGUGUAUAUAUAUAUAUAUAUAUAUAUAUAUAUAUACACACACACAUAUGCGGCCUGUGCUUUAGGGUGCACACCCUAAUGCAAUAGGCUGCGCACACCUAUGGGGGAGACUUAUUUAAAUGUAAGUCUUGCUUCUUUUUGGUGUGUGUGUGGUUUUUUUUUUUUUUUUUUUUUUUUUAAACAAGAUCUAUUUAUCAAAUUUCUCUUUUAUUUUUAUUUUUUUUUUACCAGAAAAGUAUUUUCACUUGUUACCGUGUGUGGGAUUCAGGCAGCAAAAAGCCAACACCUUUUAGCCCUUAAUAAAUCUGAACAGAGACCAAGAAUUAAUGACACUUUCAGAACCCUUUGAUCUCUUCCUGUAGUAUGGGACUCUAUUAAAGUAACAGGCAGAUUGUGUACAGGUGGUAUUUUUGUGUAAAUAUAUUUUUCCCCUAAACAGGAGCAGGCACAGAAAGAGGCUGAAGAAGAUGCAAUGAGGGCCCCGUCCAGCAUUAACCCCAACACAGAUUACAAAGAUAAAUAUAGCCACCUGAUUGGAAAGAUUGCUGCUAAGGAUGCAGCACACACGUUACAGGCUAACAAGGCGUAUGGCUGCGGUAAGAUCCUGAUAUCUCUUAGAUUGUGAGGUCGUAGCUUUAUAGGACCACUCUAAGCUUUUUUUUUUUUUUUCAAUUCUACCCAACACUAACUUAGUCUCUCUUGUUUCUCCCAUAUACAGUUCCCGUAGCCAAUAAGCGGGAUACACGCUCCAUUGAGGAGGCCAUGAAUGAGAUCCGUGCCAAAAAACGCUUGAAAGCAGAGGAUGGGGAUACAGCUUUAGGAAAUUCCUAAAUAUUAACAAGACACUUCAGCUGAACCCUAAAUGGUCACACUAAUCCCAGAGGAUAAGGACACCAUUUUCAUUUGUAGUGGUCAUAUGUUUUUAAAUUAUUACACUUGUGUUUUUUUUUUUUUUUGACUUUGUUUAACACCAUGUCCACUGGAGGUCAGCUUUCUGUAAGACCGAUGGAAAGAUUGUGCCACUGUAAGUCCAUGCAUUGGUAUGGAGUCAGGUGGACAAAGGAUAGUCACCUCUGGUCUGUCUAGAAAUGUCCUUUGGAAGUGAGCUGGUGGCAUUGCUUUUAAAGUUCUGUUUUAAAUCGGCGCUCCUCCUGAGACAGACAUGAACUACUAUGGAUGAGUGCAGGGUUCCGCUUGGCAUUCGUCUAGUUUCCUAAACUUUCAGAUUUUUGUGAAGAGUAUUUAAGCAAUUUUUAUUUCUGUCCUAUUUACGUGGAUAAUGUGAAGAGAAAUCCAUGAUGAGAAGCUGUAAUUGGAAGGCCUGUCGAUGAGUGGGGAGCGCAUGGCAAUUUAACAAUUUAUCACAUAUCUAAUGUUUAAAUGUUUUGUUUUUAUGGCAGUAACUAUUCCUUUUUGGCAAAGUUUGAAUAAUCCCCUUUGCCAUUCAUUUCAUGUGAUUGUUUAACUCGUGGAUGGAGUGCAUCUUUCCUGAGCCAUUCUUCUCUGCCUAAUCCAUCGUUAGUUUGGACACCAGGUAUCUGCUCUGAGAUACAAUGUCAUCACUCUUGAUCCAAAUAGUCUUUUACAUAGUUCUCCAGUCCUGUGCUAUGUCCCAGCUCAGUCCUCAAGGCACAGUUGGGGUAAUUUUUACUAAAGUGAGAAUUUAAAUUUUAGGCCAAGGUAGCCAAAAUGUGGUGUGCCUGUAUAGCUGGUGGGGGGGAAAGUAUGAUUAGCCUGACAUGUUGCACCUAUUCCAGGAGGUCCACGAGUCCCUCAAAUUGUAACAGUCUGGCCAUCUUUAAACUUGAGUCACUUGAACCUACUUGGCUUUCGAGUCCGGUCUACCUGCUGUAAGUGAAUAGUCCCACCCUUUCCAGAUUCAUUGGGGGUUUAAGGGUUAAUAAUUUUUCAUUGAGAAUUGUAUUGUAUAAAAAGCAACAUUUAUUUCGGGUGGCGAGUUUGUAUUUUAAAUUUUUUUUUUAUUUUCCCCAGUCUUUCAUACAGUGUCCAUUUGCUUUAUUUUAGUAUUCAUAAUCUUCCUUUUAAUUGAAACGAACAAUAUUCAAUUGUGAAAUAAAACUGUGCUUUUUAAGAGUUACACAAAUUAAAAGUAUAUUAAGCGAUACAGUAUUGUGUGUUGUAUAUGAAGACGUACCACUGGAUAAAAAUAUUCUUGUUGGAGUAAACUACCUUUUACCUUUCAAAGUCCUAUAUCUGCAUGGUGGCUGGCUUUUGGAAAGUUGUGUGUUGCUUGAAGAGUGUUCCUGCUAUUAAUUUGGUACAUGGUUUGUAUACCAAUACAACAAUUAAAC